AUGCCCCACUAUUCUUGGUUUAUGAGAGACAUUCUUAGUGGAAAGAGAGGUUGUGAGCCCAAGGAGACCGUGCGUCUUCUAGAGAGUUGUAGUGCUAUAAUCCAAAGCCCAUUUCCCCCAAAAAUUAAAGAUCCCGGGAGUUUUUCAAUCCCCUGUAGCAUUCGAAAGGUCAAAAUUGAUAAUGCUCUUUGUGAUUUGGGGGCAAGUGUGAGAAUCUCGCCAUAUAAGAUCUAUGAGAAGCUCAAUCUAGGUGAUCUCUCUCCUACCUCCAUGUCAUUGCAACUAGCCGAUCGUUCGGUUAUGUUUCCAUUGGGUUGGAUUGAGGAUUUUCCCCUUGCUGUUGGCAAGCUUACUUUUCUUGUUGACUUCGUGGUCUUGGACAUCGAUGAGGAUGCCCAUACCCCUAUUAUCUUAGGGAGGCCAUUUUUGGCCACUGCGGGCGCCGUUAUUGAUGUGCAAGGGGGGCUAAUCACCUUGAAAGUGGGAGAUUCGGAAGCUAGUUUCAAGCUUCCCCUUGGUGGUAAAAUUAAAAGUUGCAUCAAGAUUGAUACUAUUGCUUGUAUUGAGAGCCAUUUCUUACAUGCUAACCCUUCUAACGACUUUUGUGCUUUAAAGUGUGACAUUAAGCUUGCUAGGUCCACUUCAAGUGAGAAAGAAGUUCUUGAGACGCCCAAGGUGUUGGGUGAAAGUUUUGAUGAUGUGAUCACUGUUCCAAAGAUAUUUGGGAUGCAUUUUGAUGAUAAUGGCACAUGUGCCACACCCUCCCAAUAUUAA